AUGAGUUCAAAAAUUUGGUUUAAAAGUACAACUGGUUCACAAACAGAUCCUACGAAUAUGUUGCAGCCAAUGGAAGGAUCUGUUAUUAUCCCGUUGGGUUUCUUUAAUCAAUUGGCAUCAGCCUAUUACAAUACAGAAAAUCGAUAUUUUUCAUCAACUGAUGCUAGUACGGCUCCAAUUAAGACAAAGAAAGAUGUGAAGUGUCAAACUGAUAUUGAAUAUGCAAAUGAAAAAACAUUGAAAAUACUGGUCGGUUCACCAUCAUCUUUAACUCAAUCAAUAAUAUCUUCAAAUCCCACAGAGAAGACAACAGUUGUUUACGGUAAAGAAAUUAAUUCUCGUUUCACAUCUGAUGACAUCAGUUAUGUAUCUUAUCUUUUAGAUCAAAACAAAAAGAAUCCAUUAACAAUUAACAUUAACAAACAGCGACUAUCAAAUAAAAAGAAACAGCGAAAAAAACCAUAUGCUAUUAAAUCGACAAUUACCAAAAGACCUCUAAUAGAACAACAAAAGAUGAUAUUGAAAGUUGAUCAAAUUUCAACUGCUCAUAUUAUUCCAUCAUCAUCGAAAUCAUCAAAUGAUGCUGAAAAUGAUAGAAUAAGAAGAAUAAAGGUAAAUGAAAGACAAGAAAAAUUUCGUGCUUUCGCUCUUACAUUUAAUGCAUUAGCAAAUAUUGAUCAAUCACUGAAUUCAACUUCAUACAACAAAGAAUUAGAAAAAAAAUUCCUCACUACUCUAUUACCUUCAAUACAACAAACUGUAUCCGAAACAUUUAAAACCGAAGACCAUCAUCAUUAA